UUCCCCGCCAUUUCUCUUUCCCUCCCUCUCUCUCUCUCUCUCUCUCUCUCCGCGUCCCUCGUUCAGGCGUCGUCUUGGUGUCUCGUUGGUUCGUGGUUAGGGCUUCAUUCAACGGUUGCGCUCCUCAGAAUUCCGAUUUGGGGUUCAUUUCCUCACAGCGCUAGGGUUUCUGGGAAGGAGUUAAGGUUUCUGGUCUUAUUCUUAUUCCUUUAUAGGCAGAGAGAGGGAAGAAUACGAUCCUAAGGUUCCCCAAUGGCCACUGUCGCCAUUAAUGUCGAUCCCUUCCAGAAGGCGAUCGACCACCUCGAGACGGAGCAGGUAAAGAUCACGAACUUCACCAAUUUCUGGAAGGACCUUUCCAAUCACAUUUCCUCCCUCGAGAGGACGCUGCAGCGGAAGUCUGAAACGCUGGACUCGAAACUUCGGACCCUUGACUCUACCACAAAGGAGACCCUGGAAUCUCUGGCCACUAGGGAGGAGUCACUCCCUUCCAAAGAGUCGGAUGCUACCGACCGCGUCGAGAAGCUGAAGCAGGCGGCGCUGUCAGACAUCGAGGAGCAUUCUGGGGAUGUUCCCAAGGACGCUGAUGUAGCGAAGAGCCUCCGUUUCCUGUGCCGUAAGAUGGAUGCGAGCAGCCUCUGGAGGUUUCUGAUAGUGAGGAGGAAGGAUCUGGCUACGAUCCGGGCGGAGUUGCAGCCGGCUAUUGGAGACGCAGUUGAUCCAGCAUCCCUCAUACUGCACGCGCUUGAAGAUUUUGUGUUCAAGCGGGGGGACAAAGUUGGGCUGUCCGACCAGCGGUGGGCGUGCGGAUUGCUGCUCAGGACCUUGUCCACUGAAGGGGGAGUUGCGACUAGCGUGAAGGAGCGAGCGUGGUCGCUGGCUCAAUCUUGGAAGGAGAAGAUCGAUGGGAGUGAUGGUGGUUUGGCUUCAAACGCUGCUGAGGUGCAAAUGUUUCUGCAACUUUUAGUUGCUUACAAACUGGUAGAUAAGCUUGAAAUAGAUUACUUGAAGAAGCUUGUAGUGGCAUUUGCUUCUCGAAGGGACAUGCCAAAACUCGCGAUCACUCUAGGUCUCAAGGAGAAAAUGGGAGAUAUUAUUGAAGAAUUGGUCAACAACGGCAAGGAGAUUGAUGCUAUAUAUUUUAUUCAUGAGGCUGAUUUAGUUAGUAAGUUCGCCCCAGUGCCACUUCUCAAAGCCUACCUCAAAAGCAUAAGAAAAAAUGCAAAUGGGGCUGCAAAGGGUGGUUCUGCAGAUGAUUCUUCGGAGAUAAAUGCUCUCAAGGCCAUGAUCAAGUGCAUUGAAGACCACAAGCUAGAGGCCGAGUUCUCACCUGAAAGCCUGAAGAAGCGCGUCACUCAAUUGGAGAAAGCCAAGGCAGACAAGAAGAAGUUCAGUGGGCCCCCAAAAGUGCAGAACAAGAGGAGCCGGGUGAGUGGUGGUGGUGUAGGUUCUGCUUCCUUCCCGCCUGCCAAAGCUGGAAGGCAUGCUAAUGCAUACCCAUCAUCAACUUGGCGGGACCAGAGCUUACCUGCCCAUCAGCCUUCUGCGGCCUAUGUGUCGGCUUACAGUGGUUACGACUACCCGUAUUUGCCAGAAUCAACCACUGGUGGAAGCCGGAGUCCAGCAGCCAUGUCCCAACGUUCCUAUCCAUUCAUGCCAGAAGAGGUACCCACCUCUCGUGCUGCUGCUGCCUCUCCUUAUGUGUCUGCUUCAGCAAGUUACAGUGGCUAUGAUUACACCUCUGUUCUACCUUCCUACCAGGGGUCUACCUAUCUCCGUUAGCUCUCUUAGGCAUAUGCUACUUCAUAGAUUUUGCUUGUUAGUUGGUUAUUUGACUCUUACUCGGUGUAGAAGAGCUGUUCUCAUUUUUUUGAGGCUCUAGUUUGUUGGUUGUUUGUCGAAGAUAACAGUAGAUCUCACAAGUGUUCAAAAUAUAUAGGUGGGCAUAGUGAAAGGUGAGAAUUAAGGUAGUUAAGAGAAAGUUCAUAGUUUGUCCAUGAGAGUAACAGCAACCCAUAGCGCUGAUUGUUGACUAUAUUUCUGUACAAAUUGAAUGGGUUUUCUUUUUUGUUA